ACACAGGGGUGCUGUUCUCAUCGCGUUAGCGUUAUUGUGGUGUUGGUCAAUAACUUUAUUAGAUCAAUGUUUUGUUGCCGAGUUAAUCAAAAUGAGUCAAACAUCAAGAACUGGCUUAAUCGCAAGCCCCACUAAAAAAAUAUACAGGUCACAAAAAGUUUCAACAAUUCAACUGCGAGCAUUUGCACGCCCUGCACCCUUCGUCCUUAAGCCCUUUGCAGGACUUUACAACCCUUAUCCGUACGGUUGUUCCCUUCUUUGCAACCACCCAACGGACAGCGAAGCAAAAGAAUUACUAAAAAGAGUGAAAGACUCAUGGGCCACUGAAGGCAAAAACUUGCUAUUGACCGAAGAGAUUGAAGCAAUCAGAGCUGGAUUCGAAAAUUUCCAGCCUCUAGAAAAAAACGUAAAACACGUGCAAAUAAACGCCCUUGAUAGCGUUCCUGAGGAAUUAUUCAGACGUUACACAGAGACGGACUCGAGGCCUUUAACCCCCGCCCCCACAUUAGCAAGCGCCGCAACCAGAGCCUCGGGAUCUAGACGCUGUGUCACGCCAGACCCCGCCCCCACCAAUCAAAUUCGAGAAAAGACACUCCUCAUUUUGGACUUGAGGCGGAGCCACAGCCAGGAGACGCUGUCAUGGCACGGGAGCUCUUCCUUGCAAGAACCGCCGAUUAUACGCAUACAGCGCGUCCCCACACGGAUUGGGAGCUUCGACGAAAGCGCCUCACCUAAAGCCAAGUCCCCGACCCACCUAUUGACCCACCCGAACGCGUCAAGGUCAUCGACCCCGAGCUCGGUCAAGGCCCUCAAAAAGAAAAACAAGGAAGUGGAGGAGCCCCCCAUUAAGGAGAAACAAGAGGAAAAGAAGUCGGACGAUGAAGAGGAGGCAGAGGACGAGUUUAUCAAGCGCAGAGGGAAGAAAAGGCGCAAGAAGCGGGAAGGCUCUGGGGCACCGGCUUUCCAGACCUCAGUGGACCCGGAAACACAGGUCGCUACGAUUGGUCCCGACUCACACAACCCCAGUGCUCGCCCUUCUCUAGUCCCAGCUACUCCCGAAGAAACUCUAGAGGUUCCCGAAUCGGGGAAAAGGUCCGCCAGGCCCUCAAAAUGCUGGGAUAUUGACUCGUUCCUAGACGUCGAAAUUUUGAAACAAUUAAGGCGCGAGUUGGACGAGGAAGUUAUUGAUAAUGAAUUCAACCAGAAACGACGAACGGCUCUACAAGAAGCGUUAAAAACCAUCCCGAAGGACAAAAUAAAUUGCGAGGCCUUGAUUAAGGUCCAAAACGAAUUAAAAUUGCCUCCUGUUAACACAGAACUUUGGCUGUCUCUACCGCGGGUUUUUUCGCGCUCUAGUGCCCGCUUUGAGCUGCCUCUGGACAGCAGAACGCUGGAAACCAUGACACCGCUACAGUACAUCCAAAACAAUGUCAGUAUCACGAGCCCUAGGAAACUGUUGUAUAAUUGCAUUUUCAACAAGUUCAAAAUCGACGAGCUUGAGGCGACCAGUGAAAGAAAGAUUCGAGGAAAAGACAUCCAGAGUGCGCUGAAUUUGAUGAUGGGUAAAGCAAUGACGCAGAAACAAGCGACGUACAUUCGCGAUUUGAUUGGCUGGAGGGACGAUGACGUCAUGGAUUUUAAAACGUUUUGCGGUUUGUGCGCCCUCUGUGAACGCCUAUUGGCUCCUGAGUACUGUGCGCAGUUGCCAGACCGCAAGAGCGAUCCUUGUCACGAAGUAAUAUCGCGUUGUUUUGUUUCGAGUAGUGUUUGCUUGUUUCAGAUUGAAACCGCCGAUUUUGAAGCGCUAACAAGGAAAUUACAUGGGAAAAAGGUGGACAAGAACUUGGUGGAGAUCCUGCAAGGGAUUAAGACUCGCUAGGAUUUUUAUUAACUUUUGAGUCUAUAAACGUGACUUUAAUGCAAUAUGUACAACAUUGACAUCUAAUAACUUAAAACUAACUUAAAGAGGUAAUCAAUAUCUA